UGGUUGUCAAUGUCAUUCUAACCAAUACAAAAAUAGUGGUGUUAGCGGCAUAUUUACAGUAUUUCUAAAAAUGCGCAAGAGUUAAACAACCAAUAUAUAUUUUAUCACAAUGGCUCUUGCUUUUAGAAUUUUGUACAGAAACAGUCGAUAUAUUAACGAUACAGUGAUUCCUACGAAAUGGUGUUACAAAACGUCGAAUCCUGUACGAAUCUUAGCUAGUGGUAUAUGUUAUCAAAAAAACACUGUAGUAGUAAAGUCAUUGAAUAGAAACAAUGAGAUCAAUUUACUAGCACCAUUACGAUCAUGUGGCACACAGUACAAUGGUGCGAAACAGCCAGCAGAUUCAGAGCCAAAAAAAGGGCUGGUCCAAAGGUUUAAGGAAAUGUAUAGGGACUAUUGGUAUGUAGUUUUACCCGUACACAUGACUACAUCAGCUAUAUGGUUUGGGGGAUUCUACUACGCAGUACGAAGUGGUGUUGAUGUCAUUGGAUUACUGGAAAGUUUAAAUAUCAGUGAAAAGUUGUUGACACCAUUAAAGGAGUCAAGUGCGGGAUAUUUUGCACUUGCAUUUGCACUUUACAAAUUGGUCACUCCUCUGCGAUAUGCUGUCACUGUUGGUGGAACAACUUACGCAAUUAGGAAGUUACAAGCCCUCGGCUGGAUAAGACCUGUGCCUUCAAGAGAACGAAUAAAAGAGAUGAUCCAAGAAAAAAAGGAAAACCUGCAAGGACGCAUUCAUGAAAGUAAACAACAUUAUCAAAGUCAAAUGAGAGAAAAGAGUACUCAGGUUAUGGAAGAAAUGAAAAGGUACAAAACUGAAAUGCACAACAUAAAGAACAAAGUUAAGAAGAUGUGAAUUAAAAAAUGUCUUUAUACUUUUAACUUUCUUUUUUAGCAAAUUUAGACCGAAAGAAUAAAUUGCAGACGGCUACUUAAGUAGUAAGGGAUGAAGGAAAUCAUAAAACUCUGUUAUAAUUUUGAAUAGUUUAUUGUUUCAUAUAAUAUAAAUAUAAAAGUAAUGCUUAA